UCCCUCCAAUCAGCUGCCGGUUUGUUAUUUAACCAGAGCGGAGUAGCAAAGAACCCAUAAAACAAUGGAAUUCCUGACUAAAGUGUGGGCCAAGGAGGCAGUCCCUCUAGCUGAGAUAGAAGCAACCGCCGAACCAGCGCAAAAAAAGCCAAAUCCAAAGACUGAUUCAACGCCUGCAAGUAAAGAAUCCUCUGGAGAAACUACCACCGCUCAGAAGGAUUGGGGUUAUGACUUAUAUCCGGAGCGGAGAGGAGAAACCUUCAAGCCCAAAUGGACCAAGGUGUUGUUCGGCAUGGAGGGCCAGGAGAACCUAGAUCGCUUCAAGUGCGAGGAGAAUGUCUAUUGGUGUGUCAAGAACGGUCCCCUGGUGAAACUGAUGAUGGGCGCCUUGAAGAGCUCCGGUUGCCCCAUCGAUCUGCGUCGCCACAUCUCCUGCGAGGUGUGCGAUUCCUCGGUCACCGGCGGCUACGAUCCCAAGCUCAAUCAGAUUGUGGUGUGCCAGAAUAUGGCCAAGAAUAAGAGCAUGGUCCACGGAGUGCUCACCCACGAGAUGAUACACAUGUUCGACUACUGCAAUAACGAUAUGGACUUCCGGAACGUGGACCAUCUGGCCUGUACGGAGAUUAGGGCGGCGAACCUGGCCCAUUGCUCCUUUUUGAGCGCCAUGUUCCAAGGAGAUGCCUCGCCAUUCAAUGUCAAGGAGGCGCAUCAGAACUGCGUCAAGUCAAAAGCCCUGGCCUCAGUCCUGGCUGUUCGUAAUAUAACCAAAGCCGAUGCCAUCGCUGCUGUGGAAAGAGUGUUCCCGAAAUGCUAUGCCGAUUUGGAGCCCAUUGGCCGGAGAAUCCGACGCAAUUCCACCGACCAGCAAAAGGCCUACAUGGAGGCACCCUUGUACGGCUAUGAUGUAUAUUAAAUUGUUAUAUAUGAUUUCGUUUUUAAGUACCCACACAAAAAACUUAAAUAAAACUAUGUUUUAAGCUAUGGA